AAGAACAAGCUAAAUUGAAAGAUUCUGUAGAUUUUAACCAACUUGACAGAAUCGCGAGUUCGAGAUCACCGCGAUUUAACAUUGGUACAAGUUUCUUCAAUUCUCAAAUACUGGGGAAGAGAUAGUCCAACUAAGGUUCUAUAUGGCUAAGGAUAGCAAAGCUAAGAUGGGCUUUCAGAAUAGUGCAGAUUCUAAGAAAAAUUGCAAAGUGGUUAUUGAUUCUUUAGAUGCAGAAAAUCGGCUUGUUGCCCAUGUAAAAGUUGAUACCCAGGAAAAUGGUGUUCUUGAAGGAAAAGGUCUCCAUGAUGUGGGUGUAGAAGCAACACCAUUGAAGAUUAAGAAAUCGAGGAAGAAGCGGGCUGCAUCUGAUAUGGAUGCCUUGACUACAGAAAACUUGGAAGAUAAUGGUCAUGGGACAGAAGUAGAUGGAAGCCAAAUCAAAGAUGAUUUGAAGGAGCCAACCAUGGGCGAGAAACUUGCAAGCUUAAAUAUACUAGAUAAGUCUAUUGAUAAAAGUGAAGAGGAAAAAGAUUCUAAUAAUCAAACAAAGCCACCUAGUGCGAAUUCUAUGCACAUCCUAGUUAGACAAGCGCUGCAAGCUGAUGAUCGAGCACUUCUCUUGAAUUGCUUGAAUAUUCAAGACGAGAGGGUCAUUGCAAAUUCUGUUUCUCUUUUAAACCCUUCUGAUGUCAUGAAGCUUCUUGACGCUCUCAUAUCAGUUAUCCAUCUGAGAGGUGCAGGACUUGCCCGUGCCCUUCCAUGGCUUAAAAGUCUACUUCUGCAACAUGCAAGCGGGAUUGCAUCUCAGCAGUCUUCUCUCUUCACCCUCAACUCCUUGUAUCAGCUGAUAGAAGCCAGAGUUUCAAAUUUCGAAUCAGCAGUUGAACUGUCUAGUUCAUUGGACUUUCAUUUUGCAGAGACUGUUGAAGAAGGUUUGGAGAAUGAUGAGGCAGUCACACCAGUCAUUUUUGAGGAUAGAGACGACAGUGAUGAGGAAGAAGAAGACUCAGAUGAUGCCAUGGAAACUGAAGAUGCUGCAAGCCAAGGAAACGAGGCAGAAGAUUUCAGUAGUGAUGAUGACGACGACGAUGAUGACAUCAUGGGCUUAUAGUUUACUCUCAAAAGAACACAAACGAAACUGACACCAUUCAUUUUGGAAGAAAAAAAAAACGUUGGACUGAGGGUGAUUGGUUUUUUGCCCAUUUGGGUGUAGAUUUAUUUCUUUGUUUUCUUAAAGAAUUUUCUAUUUAUUAUUAUUACUGAUGUUUGAUUCUCACAUUUUUGUUCUAUCAAUCGAUUAUUUAUUUUGGUUUUUGCCAAAACAAUAGAAAUAUGAAAGUUUUGUCACAUUCUUUUUUGUGGAGUGGAUGUUUUAGGUUUGGAGUU